AUGAAGAUACCUCACACGAUCAAUAACGUCGCCCUCGCUGGGGCUAGUGGCAAUGUCGGAGCACGGGUGCUUACUGCAUUGCUGGAUCUCGGAUUCAAUGUAACAGUGCUUACUCGUACUGCUAAGCCUUUCCCGACCGCCGCGCGCGUGGAAGUUGUCGAUUUCACUUCGGUGGAGUCAUUAUCCGCCGCACUCGUUGGACAGGAUGCAGUCAUCGACACGACUUUCUCGCCUGAAGUCGAAACGCCACUACGACUUAUUGACGCCGCCGCCGAGGCCGGAGUGUAUCGCUUUAUUACCAGCGACUUUGGACUCGACCCUGAACUCCCGGGUAUUCAUGACAUGCCUGUCUUCGGCCGUAAGAAGGUUUCAUACGAGGCCGUGAAGAAGCAGGCGGCUCAGAACAGAUUGACAUACACUCUGGUCGCCUGCGGUGCUUUCCUUGACUGGAGUCUCUCCACUGGUUUCAUGGGCCUGGACUUCCAAGGAAAGAAGGCUUCCAUCUAUGGUGAUGGAAACAACGUUGUUCCUUGGUCGACUCUUGAGGAUGUCGGCACAGCGACUGCAAAUAUUCUCCUGCAUCCAGAGGAAACCCUGAACCGCCCAGUCUAUGUUCACUCCGUGUACAUGUCGCAGAAUCAGAUUUUCGACGCAACCAAGGCGGUCCUCGGAAGCGAGGGCUGGGAGGUCAAGCAUAACGAUAUGGAGCCUCUUUUGGCACAGGCGAUGACGGAUCUCAAGACCGGCAACAUUAGUGCUGCAACCUUUGAGGUUCAAAUUCAGUACUGUCUCGCUACCAAAGCGCUUGCACAUCCCUGGGCCAAGGAUGACAAUCCCCUCUUGGCACUGCAAGAGUGGGACCUGGAGAAGGUCAAGGCACUGAUUAAGUCGAUCGCUCAGAAGUCAAACUAA